AUGAUGUCAGGCUCUUCAAGAAGUACCCGCCGUCGGGUUUUGGUUGCUCAGACGAAUGCCACGACAGAUCCUACUUCUCAGUGCUUGGAUCCACACACACACGACAGGACAGAUCCUGCUUCUCAGUGGUCCAAUCGACACAAAUGCACUGUUUCCUCUCCUCUUCAUCUGGGAGGACCAAACAAUGUGUGCCCACAUUGCGGUGCUCUGUUUUGGACUGAGGAACGUGUCCGUGGCCGUGGUACUCAACAGCCAAUUUACAAUAAGUGUUGUACAGGUGGCAGGAUUGUUCUUCCUCCAUACAGAACACCGCCCGAGCCCUUGCUUGGCCUUCUGAAUUCGCGGGACAGUAAACUGUCCAACCACUUCUUUGAUGGCAUUAGAUGUUACAAUUCCAUGUUUGCUAUGACAUCUAUGGGUGUUCAUGUUAUAAAUUCUAUUAACGAUGGCCGAGGACCUUAUGUGUUCAAGAUCAGUGGCCAGCUAUGCCACCGGAUAGGAUCGCUAAUGCCAUCGGGUGGUAAAAGGCCAGAGUAUUGUCAGCUCUACAUCUUUGAUACCGAAAAUGAAGUUAGGAAUAGAAUGGCUGUUUCUUCACAUGAAAAUGGUACUUUCCGACCAAAUGAAGCUAUUGUGGCUUCUUUGCUGACCAUGCUUGAUUCUCACAAUCCAGUCAUCCGGGCUUUCCGUAUUGCUCGAGAUAGACUAUUGAAUGAAACUGAUGAUAGAUGCUCUCUCAAGAUAUUCAGUUCUCCAAAACAACACCGUAAUAUCUACAGUGCUUCUGUUGCAGCGGAGGUUGUUGGCCUGGUGACUAAUGAUCUCGGAAUAUCUGAUGAGGGUCGAGACUUGGUGGUCCAGGAUCAUGCAUCCAACCUGCAGAGAAUAAAGGAAACACACUGUAAGUUUAUGGCAAUGCAAUACCCAAUAUUAUUUCCCUAUGGUGAGGAUGGUUUCCAUGAUAAAUUGAAAUACCAUGACUGCCGCCAGUCAACGGCAAUUAAACGGGAAAAUGUCACUAUGUUAGAAUUUUUACAUAUAGAUUGCAUGAUAGACUGA